AUGGAACAAUCAACCACCUCCCACUUCAAGCUCUCGGCAACGUCCUGCGGCACCUGCGCCGUCCACUUCGACAAUGCCGACACGCGCCGCGCCCACUCCAAAAGCCAGUGGCACGUCACGAACCUCAAGCGCCGCAUCGCCGACCUCGAGCCCCUGACCGCCAAGCAACACGCCGCGAUCCUCGAAACCUCCACCGCGCCGCCCGUGGGACCCACCACAUCAGGGUCCGACACGGAGCACUCCUCUUUGUCUUCCGUCUCCGACGUCGAUCUCAGCGACGCCGAACCCGAUGACGACGGCGACAACUUCAGUCCCGAAGCCUGUCUGUUUUGCAACGCAGUAUCCGUCUCGUUCGACGACAACGUCGCGCACAUGGGCCGGGCGCACGGCAUGUUCAUCCCCAACCGGGAAGGGCUGAUUGUUGACCCCGAGACCCUCGUCCGUUACCUGCACCUCGUCAUCUCCGGCUACCGCGAGUGCCUCCAGUGCGGCACCCAGCGACGCACCGCUUCCGCCGUGCAGCAGCACAUGCUGGGCAAGGGGCACUGCAAGUUCGACAUCGCGGCCGAGGACUCCGAGUUCAGAGACUUUUACCAAGCCUCGACCGAGAAAGGCGACGACGGGACGCAGAGGCAAGAGACCAGGAAGGCCAUCUCCGACGCCACCGAGGAGGGCGGCUCCGUCCGCCUCCCGUCCGGGAAAACGCUCACCCACCGCUCGUCCCCAGCCGCGUCCCGCCAGCGGACGAGACUCACCCCCGCCGCCGCCGCCUCCGGUUCCGGUCCCGACACCCUCCUUCCAGGAGGCACGGCGACCGACGAGUCCGACGCAAGCCUCCGACUAACGGCCCCCCGGGGCCCGGGGAAGCAGGGCGCCGACGACGCCAAGGCCCUCCUCACCCGUGCCGAGAAGCGCGACGCCGUCUUCGAGACCCAGCUCGCGCGCCUGAGCCUCGAGGACCGUGCGGCGCUGGCCCACCUCCCGUCCGCCGAGCAGCGCAGCGUGCUGCUGACGCAGAAGAAGCAGCUGGACAGGGCCGAGAAGGCGGCGAGGAGGCUGCGGACGAGGUUGGAGCUGAAGGCGAACAAGACGGGGCAGGGGCACUUUGUGAACGACGUUCCUGGGCGGCAGAACGGCUGA